AUGUAUACUAAAAAUAUCAGUCAUGGAAGAAAAAAAAACUCUCUACAACUCAUUAUAGAUGACCUAUCCUUCAGAAAGCCUACAAAUCAGACACAUGGGUAUGACGCCGGAUACACGGUUGAUGGAAACCACUCUACAUGUAUGGACACAGUGAAUGGAUUCCCAGUCACGUGGUAUUUGGAUUUACAAGAGGUCAAAAGUAUUGCCAAAAUAUGGAUUUUCUACAAGACCUCUGCUGUAAACGGACGUUUUGUUUACAAUUAUAAGAUGUAUCUGUCAAACACCACUCGAUGGAUAGAUGGUUUUCCCUGCAUCAGUGACCCUGGACCAAGUGCUGCGCUACCAGGAACAGUAAAAGAUUGCCCAACGAUUGCCCGAUACGUGAUAUUCCAUAACACAAAAGAGUCUGAUAGCAGUUUAAAUUUUUCCAGCGUUUGCGAUGUGAAAGUAGAAGGAUGCCAGAAGAAUGGCGUGUUCGGUUCUUACUGUGACAAACCACCCCAUCCGAUACUUAUUAGCUGA